UAUUUUUAUUAUUUAUAAUAAUAUUCACCCUUCAAAUCAGAUCCUCAAAUUCUUGCAGGUUCUUCUCAAACAACACAUCACUACUUUGAAAGCUCUACUUGUACACAAAAUUAUUGCUCUGAAAAUUCGAGGCUGUAAAGCUUCAAGCUCUUUUAUCCACUUUAAUGGCUACUGGUGAGGUUAUUAAUAAACCUCUUUCAAUUCCUUCAUACCCUGAGAUGAUUUUGAGGGCAAUAGAAGCAUUAAACGAAGAAAAUGGUUCAAACAAAUCCUCAAUAUCAAAGUACAUAGAAUCCACAUAUGGUGGGUUGCCUCAUGGACACAGGGCACUACUCAACUUGCACCUUGCAAGAAUGAGGGACAGUGGUGAAUUAGUAUUUUGGAAAAACAACUACACCAAGCGUGACCUCAAUGCUCCACCGAGACGGGGCCGUGGAAGGCCACCCAAGUCCAAGGAACCUUUUCAGUCGGGCACCAUCUACUCGCCGCCUAAGCCCAAAGGUCGUCCACCAAAUGUCACAUCAGGGCCAAUGAAAGUUAAGGCCUCAGUGGGGAGUGGACGACCUAGAGGUCGGCCUAGAAAGAUGUCUCAGCCGACUGGAGGAUUUGGUGGAGCAUUGCCUGUGGCUACGGGGACAGGUGGUAGUGGGAGGCUUAGAGGUAGGCCUCCCAAGACAAAGCCCCCAUCAUUUUCAGAUACUGUUGCUUAAUGAUUGACCCUUGUGUUGGAUUUUUAGGGCUUGCAUGGAAAUGAGUAACUGUUGUGUUGGGCUAGACAACGUUUUAUGUUAGGUUAAUUGUUGUGUACAAUGGUGUAGUGCUUAGUUGUGAACUAUGUUGGUUUGUAAAUUGUAUUUGUGAAAAUGAGAUAAUUGGUAGACUUGAUGAACUUAAUCUUUAAUAUUCCUGAUUUGAUGAAUCCGUGUGAUAUUACUGGAUUUGCUACUCAA